CAUAUGCGUCACACUAUUUGUGUGGCACAUACGCUAAAUCUUUUGUUGAAAAAAGCUCUUGACCAAUGUCCUGAAUUGUUCCACAUCCGGGCAAACUGUCGAAAGAUAGUUGGUUAUUUUAAGAGCAGCACUACAGCAAAGGAGAGACUAACUCAGAUGCAAGUUCAAAUGGGCCUUCCGGUGCUUAAACUUCUUCAGGAGGUUGAAACAAGGUGGAACAGCACUUAUCUCAUGCUUCAGCGUAUCUACACUUUGAGAGAGCCUGUCGGAGCAGCUUUGGCUGGUCUACGCACUGAUCUGACACCAUUGUCUGCUGAACAGUACAGAAUUAUUGCUGACUGUUUGACAGUAUUGGAGCCAUUUAACUAUGCCACAAUUGAGCUGUCUGAGGAGAAGAAAGUUUCGGGGUCAAAGGUAAUUCCGCUGUUGUCCAUGUUGCAUCACUCCCUGGAGGAAGAAGAGAUUCGACAGCUUCAAACUCCAGAGAGCACAUCCAUGGUUGAGUUUCUGCAAAGACAACUAAGAGAGAAGCUGAACCAACUCCAGUCUAUGAGCAUUAUGUUUCUGGCUACUCUGCUUGACCCAAGGUUUAAAAAAGUAGGCUUCUUCAGUCCCAGUAAAGCAGCAGAGGCAGAAAAAAGGCUCACGAUGGAAUGCGCAGCUAUCAUGAGCCGCACAGCCUCAUCUACUUCAUCAUCAUUAUCAUCACCGUCGUCGUCAUCAUCAGAACCUUCCCAGUCUGUUGGAGGUAUUUAAUAUUUCCUAAUUGUUCUAAUAUUAAAUAAUUACUAAUAUCUGUUUCUUUCCUAGGAAGCAAACUGUGGCAUCAUUUUGAUGCCUCAGUCCAUCAAGCAAGAACCACAAAUGUCAC